AUGAAUCAAUAAGGUACUAAUCUCUUUAUGUUCAUUAUUUUUGGUUUGCUAAAGUAAUAUUCAUUCUUAUAACAGAUAAUGCUUUUCUGAUUGCGGAUACAUAAAUUCAGGAUCUAGUUUAUUGAGUUUAACUGAUCCGUAAUAAUAAAUAGAUAUAAGUUUAGAUAAUUUGGUGCUAUAAGGUGCAUCUAAUAUUGGAUAUGGCGUAUGGAUGAAGUAUUAGCCUUUUGUGCCUAUUUCUUAGAUUGGUAUGAUUUUCAAUCGAUUAAUUAGCGACUUCAAGCUCAACUUCAGGAGGCAUGACAUUCAAAGCAACUGCGGACUCAGGAUCUUUUAUAUAUCUGCAAUAGCAGAAGGAUACAAAAUUUAAUAUGUUAACUGUUUAUAUAACUAUUUCAGCAGCAUCUAACACAAUAAUGCAUAAUAUAUUUUAUUCAUUUCAAUCAACAACAGGGACUGUUUUAUUCAGUUUCGAAUCUGGAAAAUAUGAAGGAAGAUGGAUUUUGUUUUAUGUUUAUUACGAUCUUUUGCAAAAAUAAACAACUUUAGGUUUUUAUCAAGCAGAAUAAACAAUCUCAACAAAAACUAAGUAAUUAUCUGAUAUCCCUUCUCUUGUAAAAUAAGUUAGACAUAUAAUUGGUGGUGUUUAAGAAAUAAAAAACUAAUUGGGAGAGACCUUGAGCUUAUCUUAAUUUAAAGGGAGAAUAUCAACGUUAUUUAGCAAAGAGCAACUUAACAUCUUUUUAGAUUUGAAUUCAUUUUUAGCAACAUGUGAUAUAACCCCUUCUUGUGAAAUAAAAUAGUAUAAGUUGUCAGGGUUUAACUAAGUGUUCACUGGCAAUGUAUUUACAAAUAAUAGUACAAAACAACUAGAAUACUAAAACUAUGUAGUCUAAGGUUGGGUUAAAAUGGAUUUUUUAAUUGAUGAUAAUUAUCUUGAAACGGUUAUAUUCAGAAUUACAAUAAAUAGUAAUUACAAUGAUGACAUGACAAUUGGAGAUAAGGAACUCUAUUUGAAGUAUUUUUAAGGCAUGAUACCAGCUUAGAAUGGAUUUUCAUUAACAACAUACACAUACAGUUUUCCAGUAGAAUCAAAAUAAUAGAGUUCAAGCACUGAUAUCAUAACAGUAACAGGAGUAUAAUACUAAAAUCUUUUAAUUAGUUGGCAUUAUAUCUAAUACGAGAUUGGAACAAAUAAUAAUGAUGGAUAACCUUUGUUUUCAAUAUUUUUUCCAUCCUUGAAUUAAGUGUUGCAAUAUAAAUGGACUGUAACAAUAAAUCAUUUUACUGGAACCAUCCUAUAUUAUUUUGUAGGGGGUGACAAUUUUAUCAAAACUUAUCUCCUUGGAUAGCUAAGUGAUUUAACUUUGACUACCUAUUGUACAACACCAUAAAUAACUGUAAAUCCUAAAUGCCAUUAUUCUUGUGAUACAUGUGAUGGUCCUGGAUAAUCUAAUUGUUUAUCAUGUCCAGCUGGCAGUUUUAGAAUAUAGUCUAUCACUUAGAAGACAUGUACAUGCAAAAACAAAUAUGUUGAUAUUGAAAAUGAUCCAAUAUGCUAGCCAGUUACUGUUAAAUUUCCUUAACUUGAAGAAGAUGAAGUUGAAGUUGUUUGUAACAAAAUAGGGUUUGAUAGUUGUGAUGCUAACGCUCCAAAAUGCCUUUUUGGUCACUUUUUGUACAAAAAUAACUGCAUCUAAUGGUAUUUAUAAUUAAUAGAUAAGCCCUGGUUAUUCCUUAUAUAGUUCAAGAUAUUAGAUCUUAUGCUCAAACUGUUUCUUUGAUCCAAACAGCUUUUCUUAGAAUUUGGCAUGCUCAGAAGACACCAAAACUUAUUCAUAUGAUGAUGAAAAUGCAUACUUCACUACUGAAAGAGAGAAUAGGGAAAUUGAAUUUUACACUGCGAAUCUAAAUUUAGAUGGUCAGUAUGAGUUGACUUUAUAAUAUGGGUUUUUAAAAGCUGGCACAUGUAAAAAGGGAUUUUAUUUGGAUUCGAAAUAAUAAUGCAGUGCUUGUUUAAAUGGUUGCGAAACUUGUGUGAAUAAAGGGAUUUGUUAGAAAUGUUUUUCUAAUUAUGCUUUGACGGAUGAUUAUCUAUGCUAGGAAUGUGUAGGUUGCUCUAGUUGUACGUUCUCUAAUCAAAUAGUGUAUUGUACCACUUGUAAAACUGGAACAUAUUUAACAUCAUAAGGAUAAUGUUAAUCUUGUGGAUAAUAUUGUGCUAGUUGUAACUCACAAGGUAUUUGUAAUUAUUGUGAUAAUCCAACUUUAUAUUUCUUGUCAUUCGAUGGUAAGAAUUGUGAAAUAUGCACUAUUGCUAAUUGUUAAAUCUGUUAUCAUUAUUUUAUAAAAUAGGGAGUAACUUAUACUAAACUUGAUAUAACUGCAUCUGUUGUUGACAUGGCUGAAUCCUAGUUAUUUAUUGGUUGUGCACUCUGUCAAACAAACUUUUACUUCAAUUAGAUUACUUUACAAUGUGAAGCAGCGCCUUAAGGCUCUGGAAGUGGUUCUAAUGGUAUUGAUCCUGUUCCCCCUGGUGAUUAGAACGGCAAAGAUAUUGUAGUAGACACUGAUUCAUGCUCUUUUGGUCUAAUUCUAGAUUCUCAUGGCACAACUUAUUGUUUAAUCAGUUCAACAAGUAUUACUUCAACUUAAAUUACUUAUUGUUCAACAAUCUCAAAUUGCUAACAGUGCAUUUCUGAUUAUCUCCAGGCUAACACAUUUUGCAUAGUAUGUGCGGAUGGAUAUUAUUCAAGCAUUUUAACUGGAAAAUGCAAUCAAUGUGAUUCCUCUUGUUAAACCUGUAUUCAAUAAAAUAAAGAUUAUCAAGAUUAUUGGAAAUGGGGAAUUAAGGCUUACUACAAAUAUGUUUUGAAUUCAGAUGACUCUCAUCCCUUUGAAUAAUAUGCUACAUUGACUUCUGAGUCAGAUUUUGAAUUAAUCUGUACAUCGUGUCCUAAAGGUUAUGUUCUUAAUGAUUUUACUUGCAUUAAGGAUUGUAAUGAAGAUUGCACUGAUUGUGACAUAAUCAAUGGGGUUUCUACAUGCACAUAAUGUUUGGAAACUCCCUAUGGAUUCUUAAAGAGCUAAAACGCUAAAGGGAUAUGUCUUACUUGCCCAAACAAUUGUGCUGCUUGUUUAGAAAGAUCAACAGAAGAAAUUCAAAGUAUUAAUCCCUUCUUCGUUACAUCGCAGACUAAUAUUAAAUAUACAAGAAUUUGCUAUGAAAGAUUUGAAUAUGAUUCAAUUGAAGGGCAAUAUUACAAUGAUUAAACUAUAUAAACUAUAUCAUUUUGUGAAAAAUAUGGCAAAUGCUAUCAUAGAGCUAUUCUCAAAUAAAAUGUCUAUUGUCAAUAGAGUUAAUACAAUUAAGACUUAUAGUAGAGUACAGAUUAGCAGGUUUUCCUGUAAAAUAAUAUAUAUAUUGAUGAACUUCUUACGACUGGCUAUUUGAAGGUUGUCGAAACCUCAAGCUUAUAUACUUAUUUCAAUGAAAAAGUAAUAAGAGAAGUAGAAUUUUAAUUUAAAUUCAUUUAAGGAAAUGCACCAUCUUGUUUUAUAUAGUCUGAGUCUAAAUUAUAAAAUAAAAUUUAGGAGAAUGUGUUUUCCAUUUAGUAAGUCAAUUUAAAGCUUAUUGGUGAUUAAUAUCCUACUACUUUAAUAAUAGAUAAAACUCUAUCAAUAAGUAAUUUUGCAUCUGUCUCAUUUGAAAAUAUUUAAUUUCAAACUGCAAUUCAAAUUAACGCUGAAUCUAAAUUAUCUUUUAUUUAUUUGUAGAAUAUUUAAUUGAAAUUGAGUUUAAUAAUUAAAGAUUGUGUAUUUACUACAACUAAUUCAACUGAAUAAUUGAAAUAAUUUUAAUUCAUUUCAGAUUCAGCAUACUCAUUAACUAUUGAUAAUCUUAUCAUGAGAGACUUUAAAGUUUAGGAUUCAUCUAUAUUUUAAUAUUAAGUUUCUUCAGGCUGGGAACAAUAAGCGAUAAUAUCGAAACUAUAAAUUGUAACAUCAUAUUUUAAAAACUCAAAUAUCCUUAAUUUUCUAGCCAAGACCAACAAUCUCUACGUAAAUCUUUAGUUGAAUGAAGUGUCAAUUUCUGAUACUCGAUUUGAUUAAUCUAAUUUUAUACAUACAGAGACCUAACUUUAAUAUGAUAUUGGAUCAAUUACUGUUGAUACUUUGAAUUUGAUUUUUGUUAUUUUAAAUGGGAAAUCAACUAUUUUUUCAGUCUAAGGAGCUGCAUCUUUUAUCACCAAAACAGUUACUAUUUAAGAUUUAUUUAUUAGGAAUAAUUCUUAUUUUUAUUAUUCUAAUAUCAUUUAGAUUUCAGACUUUUCUGUUAAGAACGCUAUCAUUUAGGAUAGUACACUAAUCACUAAUAAUGUGGAUUACGCAAUUUCGGAUGAUUCAUUACUUAAUUCUGCAAAAAUUUCUUUGUCAAAUUGUAAAAUAGAAAACCUUCAAUACAGCAAUGCAUAAUCAAUUUUAAAGCUUGUUUCAUAUGAAAAGAUUGAUACUCAGACCGUAAGCAUUGAUUCAUUUACACUCAACAAUAGUUUAUCACUAAUUAAUUCUAUACCAAAUUAUAUUUCAUACGAGCAAUCAAAUAUUUAUAUAGAGUGUUAGUAAUGCAAAUUGAAUUCAGUUUAUAUUUAAAGAGGAUACGGACUCCCUGAGAUCACAAUAGUGCGCUCACAAAACCUGACUAUUAAGAAUUUGUAUCUCUCUCAAUCCUCUGCUUAUUAUUCUAAAACUUUGCAUUAAUCAUAUGAGUGUGUUAAUAACUUUGCUUAUUCCCAGAUGUUUCAUUUUCUAUAUAUUGGAUUCUACAGGAAUAUCACAAUUAAGAAUUUAUAAUUGAGCAAUAGUAUCACAUAUAACAAUCCUUUUAUCAUUAUAAAAGGAUAUGACCUAAUGGAAAAAAUAGAAAAUGAACAGAUUAAUGUUGUAGAUUCCAUUUUUGAUUCUAAUAUGCUUAUUAUUACAAAGGCCAAUCGUGCGACUUCUAUCAUAUCAAUUCUCUCAGAACAAUCCACUACUGUAACAUUUAGCAAUGUUAAGUUCUAUUAUAAUCAUCUAAAUCAAUACUUCCAAGAUUUAUCAAGAUAAUCAGCUUCAACACUGCUUAUUCAAUUGCAAUAAGGUAACUUUUAUCUUGAAAAUUCUUUUUUUAAGCAAAAUCUAGUUACUAAUACAACAGAUUCUAUUUUAUACUUAAAAGCCAUAAGUGUAGUAAUUACAAAUACGAAAUUUCAAAAAAAUAACAUAUUAUAACUCUCUAUUAUUGGCUAGAAUAUUUUGUUACCUAAUGAUGAUCAAGGUGAUAUUGAUGGAAAAACCUUAACGAAUGCUUUUCCGAUAAAUUCUAAAAGUGGAAAUGGAUUAUUAAUUGCAACGUAUCUUACUUUAGAUAAGGUGAGAGUGGAAUAAUCCUUUUCAAACUAUGGUGGAGGAUUCUAUAUUAAUACUCAAGGAAUUAGCAAGAUUGCAAUAAAAAAUUCUAAAUUUUUAAAUACUCAAACAUUAAUGCAUAGUUCUUCUUUUUCAGCUGGAGGUUGCAUUUAUAUUGAUGCACAAUUAUCAAAAUUAGAAUUAACUAUAUCAUCAACUACUUUUGACACAUCCAUUAGUAGAAUAGAAGGAGGAGGCAUAUAUAUUAUACCAUCAUAAUAGGAGAAUAAUAUUUAAAUGACGAAUUUAAAUGUAGUAGAUUGUUACUCCGUAAAAAGUUCAUUUCUAUCGUUUAAACCCUCCAGUUUGGAUAAUAUAAAAUCUUAGAUUUAUAUGAGUGGUGUAAUUUUUGAGAAUACUGAAAAGGGAUUUAAUACUUUUAUUUCACUUUUGAUAUCCCCAACAACCACAGAGCUUGAUUCUAUCCGUAAUAGUAAUGCUUUAAUAUCUAUUAAAUAUGCAAGCAUAAGCAUAAGCAAUUGUAGUUUUUAAUCUCCCCAAUUUUCGUAUUUCUUGGACAUAGAGUCUGCCACUAAUAUUACUUUACAGAAUCUCGAGAUCAUUAAUUCCACAGUGUUAUAUUCCCCGCUUCUCAAAAUGAGUCUCAGAUCAUGUAAAUAUUACAUUAUUCAAUUUAGAAUACAGCAGUAAUCUGAUGAUCAAAAAUUUAACAGUGCAAAAUGUGAUUUAGAAAAUCUAAAUCGUUGAUAAUCCUUGUUUAGUAACAAGCUUAAUUGCUACAAGAUCUUUUGUUUGUCCCUUAAUAGCCACUACCUAAAAUAAAAAAUUAUCUGAUUAUGACACAACUUCAGUUUAGUAAAUAACAAUGGAAUGCAAUCAGUACCUUAUAUAUUAAAAUGUCUCUUACAAAUUCAGUCUUAUAGAAAUAGAUGAACUAAAAGCAAGUCAUAAUUUCUAAGCAGAAGACAUUACAUUUGAUUCUAUAAAGUGUUCUGAUUGCUAAUAUGGAAUUAUUAGAAUUAAAGACAUAGAAAAGUUAGAUAUAGAAAAUAUCCUAUUUUCAAAUAUCAAGAUUAGAGACAGUAAUUGCGGUUAAACAGGAUGCUUAUCAUUACUGUAAUAUGAAAGUGAUUCAAUAUUAAGAAAGGAUUUAUUAUCCUCUUCUCUUAAUUCAAGAGUACUCUAGCAACACGAUUACUUUAACUUAACUUACAAUUUAAUUUACUAAGCAAGAAUAUUAAAUUCUUUAUUUAUUAACAAUAAUGCUAUUUAUGGAGGAUCCAUCUUUAUAGUAGAAAUAUCCUCAAUAUUGCAUGGCUGUUAUUUUAAAAAUAAUUCAGCCAGUGUAGGAGGUGCUAUUUAUUAUUUCUCAAAGUAGACUUAAUUAUACAUUUUUGAAACCUAAAUCCUUGAGAAUAAAGCCAAAAUAGCUGGUGGAUUAUACUUAAAUUCAUAGUCAUUGCAAACUACAACCUAACUUGAUGUUUACUUAUCCAAUAAUAAUUCAACUUUAUUUGGAUCUGAUGUUUUUGAAAAUCCCAGAUCCUUAACAAUAUCUUUAGAUGCAGGAAAAACAUUUCUAACAAAAAAACAGAUAUCAAAAACUUCGACAUCAAUAGUUGAAUAAAUUGUCAUUACGCCUUAUAAGAUUUUAGGGUAUGCUGAAAAAUCGAAAUUCAUUAUGUUUCCAUCAGGAAGAGCCAUAGGAACGUAUGAAUAUUUUGAUCAAUACACAUCUUCUUAUAUUCCUUACAAUCUUACUUUUAGAAUCAUAGCCCUUAACAAAUACAACACUUAAGAAAAAGAAUUAGAAGGAUCCACUUGUACUAUUUCUCCAAGCAUUAUUAAUUCUACUAGCAAAGAAACACUCUCAGGAUUAAUCGGAAGUUUAUCAUACACUACUGUAAAAUUUAACUAGACUUCUGGUGACUUUAAUCUAGAUGAUCUGAUUAUCUACUUUAAUCCCACUUAUGAACCAGAAAUUAUUAUGUAAUUAUCAAUAUUUUGCAAUAUCAUCUCAAUACCUUAAUAUUAAUCCACUCCUCCUUACUCUAUAAAUAAUACAAUCACAAAUUAUAGAUUAUUGGUGGAUAUAAAGACAUUUAAUUGUUAAUUAGGUGAGUAUUAGAAUGGGACAACGGGUGGUUGUACUUUAUGUGAUACAGUAUAGAAUUAAUAUUAAGUGUAAUGGAGUGCUUAGAGUUGUAGUUAUAAAGAUGAUUAGAAAAUGAAAUCAAUAGAAUCUUCAAUGAUUGAAUUAAGAUCUGGAUAUUGGAGAGCCUAUUAUUAUAGUUAAACUGUUGAAUAUUGUUAUCAUUUGCCAUCUAAUUGUGAAGGAGGAUGGAAACCUGGUGAUCAAUCAUGUAUACAAGGACAUAUUGGAGCACUUUGUGAACAAUGUGAUCUCUAUAAUAUCCAAUCCUAAGGUUCCUACUCUGUUAGCUCCAAAUAUUCCUGUGGAAGCUGUGAUCAAAUAAUAGGGAAUGUUUUAACUAUCUUUUUUAUCAGCGUAUGGACUCUCAUCUCCAUACUGAUGUCAGUAAACAGUACUGUUGAGAUGAUUGAAGAAUUUAUCGCAGGUUUAAGAUUAAAAGCCUUUGGGUUUACAGUGUUAAUUAAACCAGCUUCAACUGCUAUUUUUAUUAAAGCAUUCACAAAUUAUUUACAAAUCAUUUCUACUAUUGCAACAUUUUAGCUGGAGGUACCCUCUGGGCUAGCCUCAGUUGUUAAUAGUGUAGGAAACCCAAUCGAAUCAAUGGCUUAUUCUUUAGACUGUUUCCUUAUAAGAAUCACAGACAUAGAAAUUAUUUACUUUAGAAUUAUUUGGAGUCUGCUUUUGGCUACCUCAUAUAUAUUGGCAUUUUUUAUCAUUCAGGGCGUUUAAAUAUUAGCAAAAUCUAUAAAAUAUAAUACAGCUUUCGUUUCAACUGCCUUAAUAUACGUGUUUAUAUAUUUAUAACCUAAUUUGAUUGGUGGCUUGAUAUCUCUCGUUUCCUAUAGAAUCAUUUCUGACGAAUAUUGGAUUCAGGGUAAUGUUUCUUAUAGAUAUGAUACAUAUUCGCAUGCCAAAUGGUUGAUAUCAUUUUGUUUUCCUCUCUUGCUUUUAUUUAGUUUUGUUAUACCAGUAUUUUUUUUUUAUGGAGUGAGGAAUAACAGAGGCUAAUUGAAUAAGACAUUAGUUCGUUAAAAAUGGGGGUAUUUGUACAAUGAAUACAAAAUACAUGCUUACUAUUGGGAAACCAUUAAGAUAUUGUAAAAGGAACUUAUUAUUAUUGUGUUGGCAUACUAUGAUGAUCACAUUGCAAUCAAGGCUUCUCUUGUAUUUUUAGUAUUAUUUGGAUACAGCUUUGUGACAACAUCAUAAAAACCAUAUAUUAGUGGUGAAUUGAACUAUUUAGACACUCAAUCCACAAUAGUGUGUGCAGUUUCAAUCAUCUUAGGAAGUUCUAUAAAUACAGCCCAAAAAUCUAAUUUAGUUGAAAUAGUAUGGCCCUUUUACAUCAUCAUUACUAUUUUAAAUGCAUAUUUUAUAUUUAAGAUGUUAAUAAAAAUCUUGUUCGCUUAUUUUGAUAAAUUGCAUGAACAAAUUGAUAAGGUUAAGGAGUUGAUGAUCAACAAUUUCCCAAAUUUAAUUAAAAGGCAUCCUUUUAUAUAAGAUCUAUUUGAAAGUAGAAAAAAACAAAAAGCAAGAGUUAAGGAUAGAUUUAACAAAAUAAAAAAUCAUUUAUUACCAUAGGCAAAAUUAAUUCUCCAAUAUAAAAAGUAAUGUUAUUUAAUAAUUCAUCUUUAGAUAAAAUAAUUUAGAUUUGCCUGGAAGAAUAAAUACACAAUUAUCAGAUUUGGGUGAUGAUGCAAAUUAAAAGAAAAGGGAAAAAAACAUUGACAUUAAUUUGUGUGCUAUUAAUCCCUUGUCUCCGGAGUGUAAUUCUGAUAAAGACUCUAAUGUUGAUUCUUUAUUUAAAAAGCCAUAAUCCUCUAAAGUUUACCCGGAGUUAAUAAUUCAUUAUAUGAAUUAAGAUAGCUUAAAAUCAAGUAUCCAUCAUUCUCAAAGUUGA